AUGGAGGCUGUAGAACCUAGAGAAGAAGAGAUGAAGCAAAUGAAUUAUGAAGUCAGUUAUAACUUAUUGAUCGAUUAUGCCAACAAUCUCUUGGAAUCACCUAAUUACACCAAGAAAAAGAGACUGGGUACAUAUCAAGAAAUAAUUGCACAGGCACAACCCAAUCAUGAGAAGGAGAAAAAGAAGAAAGAUGAUCAAGCAGUUUCAGUGUUAACCGAUACAAGGGUAGUAGAAGAUGAUACUCAUCAAGCUGCCAAAGAUAUUUUGAGAAUGAAUGAACAAUUGAAGAAUUAUCACAAUAAACCUGAUCAAACUGAAAGCAGAGCUGCACUAGAGCUGGAAACUGAAGAAAUACUUAGACCAGAUGAAAUCUACACUGACAAGGAUAAGGAUGACACUAAGUCACCACCAGUCAUACUCUUUGUUGAUGAUACUGAAGAUACUCAGGAUACUAUUAAUACAACUGGUACCAAUAAUGAAACGGAUAAAGAAAAAGAACAGGAACUGGGAAAGGGAACAAAGGAAGUAAAGGAAGUGGAAAAAGAGAAAGACCAAGAAAAGGAUAAGGAACCAAUAAAGACAUCUGAAGAACAGGUAAAUCAGGAGACAAAUAAAGGAGAUAAAUCCGGUAAGGAGCAUCAAAAGCAAGCUGCAAUUGAACCUAGUUUACCUACACACAUUGUCAUAUCUGAUGAUGUAGAUGAGAUGAAGAAGUUUUCAUUGGAACUUUAG